AUGCUGCAAUACUUCCAAAGCGCAAUACUGCUACUGACAAUAUUUGCAGUGCAGAAGGAGUACACGGAGCAGCGAGACUGCUAUGCAUUGCGAGUUAGUGCGCCACACCGCCGAAUGAGGCCAGUGGGGAGCAGCUUCAACAACAAAUUCCUAUACGUUCUGUAUCGACUGCGCAACACUUCAACGAGCAAUGGGCUAUUCAGUGAGUCCGCGCAACGCACCGCCUCGCUGCUGAGGGUGUCACCUAGCAUGUAUUUCAGCGAGCACUACUCGCGCAGUGGCUACUCUAUUCUCGACAACCUUAAGCAAGUACUCCGCGAACGAGGCUACGACCCCGAUGCAAUGUGCCACACAGUCUGGCUGAUGACGCUGCCGAUCACGCUGGGCAUUUCGCAUGUGAACAAUGUAUCAGUAGCGUGGGUGUAUGCGCACGGUAGACCCACUUGCACCAUCUUUUGCACGCAUAAUUCCUCCGGUCAGAGACACGUCUAUCUUGUCGAUCACAAUAAGGCGGGACAGGUGCAAGCGGCGGCGAAAGACAGCGGGUACCAGUACACAGCCACUAUGGCUCGCGCUCACCAUGUCUCACCCACCGAGCCGCGCAGCGGGUACUACCGAUUCACAUGGACGAGUCCGUUCGACGGUGGAGGAUGCGAGUGUAAGUGCAAUUGUCAACACGCCCCGCGGAAGCCGAAUUUCCGCACGACGGUGUUUGACGAGCACAUGCAGGCCCUGCUAGUGGGCAGGCUGGAGGUGGAAUCGGUGGAAAAGAUGAAUGCGACGAGUGUCGUGCACCUACUCAAAGACUACACCUUCUCCAAUAUCAAAAUAGCCUUGCAGUUCGUCAAGACAGGCUGGUAUAUGCACGUGAAGCGUGGGCUGCGCGUGCAUCCAGCACCGCCUCUGACAAGCUCGCGAACGAACCCGACCCAGACAGGAGAUAUGACAGGCUUUAUGGGCCUGCCUGCCCAGCCGGUGUUGAGCAGGUGGGCGCAACGUGUGGUGGAGAGUGUUCUGCUGCAUACGCUCAAUACACGCUAUCGUGAUGUGUGCAUCCGGUUCGAGUACACGGAUCGGAAUAUAACACCGGUUACACUCCUUGCUCGCAAUGCGGGCGACACAUGGCCAUCACAAGCCAUACACACCCUUCACAUUACAAUACGCUCGUUCGAGUUCUACAAACAACUCCUCAUUUCACCUAACCCGAUGUAUGCGGUGGAUGUCCUCACCCAGAAUUGUGAAGACCUCGCCCGGGUGAGCGAUGCACGGUUGUUUGUCGACAUAUUCAGCGCGACGAGGAUAAGUGAUGGCCGUAGGUCCGUUGCGAUAGAGAAAUUACGAGGCGCAUACGUGAGAAUGGUCUCUGAGGGCACACAUGGCACACACGGCCCACAAAAUGUCGAUGGCAAAAUUUCACUCCACGUCGAGUCGUUCGUUAGCGCUUCGUGGAUGACAAUUUUCAUCAUUACGCUGAUAUACUUGGAGUGGUGGCUGAUUAAGAGUUUCUAUGAGUGCACUGGGAUUAGAAUAAUCCCGCGUCUCACCCCUUGGAGACCGUUCGAUCGACUACAAGGGAAGUGA